AUGGAUGUUAUUACCGGCUCAUUCCGUAAUUUAAUAAAGGGAAUUUGCGGAUACUGUGAGGAGCUUUUGCUACUGAAGGGUGUUGGAUACAAUUUCGACUUCAAGUUGGCGUACAAGUUCCUGAGGCGGAGUGAAGCGCGGUUGCGGUAUGGUAACGCCACUGUGGGGGCAUGGAGGGGUGACAGGGUACCGGGUACCUAUUGCGACCGCAUACUGAGUGACUGCGACCUCCGCGCUUGUCGAAUCCAGUCUCCCAACUUCCCAGGAGUGUACCCAAGAAAUGCUACAUGCACAUAUCGCAUUGAACAUACUAAGUAUCACAUGAAAAUACAUCUUCCUGAUAAAUUAUACACAAUCUCAGACCUUAGAUUGUAUGUUGCCGUGUUAAUAUUAUCAGGAUUCGUAAGAAAAAAUAAUAUUAAUUUACCAAGAAAUGAGUACGCAAAUACUCGAUUCAACCAGGAAAGGAAAGCACCGAUUUACGACGUCACACUUAGCGAACAGAUUUGGGACCAGUGCAACGUGGUGCAAGAUUAUUUAACUGUUUGGGACGGAGCAACAAGAGAUUCACCUGUAUUGGUUCGCCUUUGUGGUGGUGACGCCGUGCCCGAUAUUAUCAGCAGGGGUCCAAAUAUGUUAUUAGAAUUCCACACUUCGCCAUACGACAAUCCGUUUCAUCCUGUGCCUUUGAGCUAUCUUCCUGGAUUUGAACUUGAAGUGCAAGUGCUGUACGUCGACAAAGAUUCUCAUUCGUACGUGCGUGCCGAUGGACGUUGUCGUUUUGUAUUACGCUCCUCGGACAAGACGAGUGGCGUACUGAAGAAUCCGAGGCAUUCAUUGCCGCCUAACACGUCUUGUGUGUACUAUUUCCAGGGUCGCCCUAAUGAGAUAGUCUGGGUUUCUUUUGUAAAAUAUCAUUCGGCCGGGACGGAGCCAGCAGGCUUUGAUCAACAGAAGGAUUGCUCAUCCCAACUAACGAUUUGGGAUGGGGCUGCACCAGAUGCCGAUUUAGAUAGAAAGUUGGAUAUGUCGGACAAGAAAUCUCUCCUGGGUUCAUUUUGUAGAGAAGAGUCGCCCCGUUUGUGCGACCACGCUCUUCUGUCAAACGCAACUAGAGCUACACGUCCGUGUGCUCCUACGGAGAGCUACAUCACUACAGGAUCAGCGCUGACUAUUUUACAGGUAAAAAAUCUUUAUGUACAUAGCUUAAUUUGAUGGGGUUCGAAAUUUGAACUCGAAAUUUCAACUUUUUCUUGUUGAUCGAUUGAUUUGAAAUAUAUACUACCUUUAGUCUUAGCAACACAUGUUUACUACAAUUCUCAUAAUGUAAGUUUAGUAAAUCAAUAUAAAGGCUUAUUUUAUGGCAUCCAAAAUUUAUAG